AUGGGCACAGCAGGUGUACGGAUCUGGGAACUCAGCACAGAGAUAGUGGGAACCCCUCAUAAUGGGCGCAACAGGUGUACAGACCCAGGAACCCAGCACAGGGAUGGUGGUAACCCCUCAUAAUCGACACAGCAGGUGUAUAGACCCAGGAACCCAACACAGAAAUGGUGGAAUCCCCUCACGAUGCACACAGCAGGUGUACAGACCCGGGAACUCAGCACAGGCAUUGUGGGAACCCCUCAUAAUGGACACAGCAGGUGUACAGACCUGGGAACUCAACACAGAGAUAGUGGGAGCCCCCCUU